GCCCAAGGAUGUGUAUUUAUUCUAUAUUUAUUUUUAAUAAAAAUUAUUACAUAUAUAACUUAUUAUUAAAUUAUCUUAUAUAAUAUGUAUCAUAAUAUUAUAUUUUUUAGUUUAUUUUAAAAUUUUGAAACUGUAAAGAAAAUGGAGGAUUUUUAGAGACUUGCCUUCCCUCAGGUCAACUCUUCACCUUGCCGGCGGCUCCGGAAGAAAGCUCCGAUGGCCCCUCUCGCCCCAAGGACUGGCGAUGCGGUCUUCGCCAAUGUCGAACGCGUCAAUGCAGAGCUCUUCACCCUGACGUAUGGCGCCAUCGUGCGGCAGCUCCUCACGGAUCUGGAGGAGGUGGAGGAGGUCAACAAGCAGCUCGAUCAGAUGGGUUACAAUAUUGGAGUUAGAUUGAUUGAUGAGUUUCUGGCCAAGUCCAAUGUGUCCAGAUGCAUUGACUUCAGGGAGACAGCUGAUGUAAUUGCAAAGGUUGGCUUCAAAAUGUUCUUAGGAGUCACUGCAUCUGUGACAAAUUGGGAUCCUGAGGGGACAAGUUGCAGCCUUGUUUUGGAGGAUAAUCCACUAGUAGACUUUGUUGAGCUUCCUGAUACAUGCCAAGGCCUUUACUACUGCAACAUCUUGAGUGGAGUUAUAAGAGGAGCAUUGGAAAUGGUGUCAAUGAAGACUGAAGUCACCUGGGUCCGCGAUAUGCUCCAUGGAGAUGAUGCAUGUGAGCUGCGCGUGAAGCUUCUGAAGCAAGUACCAGAGGAAUACCCAUACAAAGAUGAUGACUAACUUCUAAAUCAUGUCGAUGUUGAUCCUCUUUUUCCCCAAGAAUUGGCUACUUUUUUUAUGGCUGCCCUAGUUAGUUUUCAAGGCCUUAUUAUUUCUCAAGGUGUUUUGUCCACACCUAGAUUAGAAAGCUAUGUUAUGUUUCAUACUUGGGUCACUUGCUUUCAUAAAUAUGUAAAGGAUGUUCACAUGUUCACUUAAUGUAGUUUGGAACUAAAACGUUUUGCUUGGAUAUAGAUGUAGGUAUAAUCUUAUUGA